AUGCUGGAGGAGAACCGCGGCUACGGGCUGUCCAGCGGCGGCUCGGUAGCAAACAUCUCCGUGUUUCACCUCAAACUAACUGACAGCGCGGCGACAGCCAUUAGCAACCUCCAUCACGAUAAGGCUUCAUAUGCACCUCCUACCAUCUGUUUCAAUGGAAACCAAGGGAAAAUCACAAUUCCCCGAUCCAAGAACGGUGGCGAUGCCAGGGUCUUCACGUUCGGCGUCACCAAUGUCGCCCGCGACAAUCCGCACGGCAGCUUUGACUGCAUCCAGCAACUCAGCUCCAGCACGGCACAGCAGCUGUCGUGUUUGGGCGUGAUCCAGAAGAAGAUGACGGUCAGGGCCACGGAUGACUCGUACGACAAAGCCCUACAGAGCAUGGCGCAGGCCGAAGAGGAAAACCGCAGCAGAGGGGCGAUCGUCAUCAAGCAGGGAGGACGGUUCAAGCAAGGCAAGAAGGUAACUGUACGCGCUCCAGCUCCCGCACUGGCCGGCUUGACCAAACCGCGCCAGCCAGCCAAGUCCACCAUGUCAGGCGGCGGCGUCAAAGUGGGUGCCGUCGCUUCCAAAGGCAGGAAAGGUGUGGGUGCGUCCAACGGGAAGUGCGACGUGCAACAACGACCCAUAAGAGAGAGGGUGACGCACCUACUGGCCCUGAGGCCCUACAAGAAGGCAGAGCUCAUUGUGAGACUACAGAAGGAUGGCUUGACGCCACCUGAUAAAAAAAUGCUGGACUCUGUGCUAAGUGACGUUGGCCAUCUUAAUAGCAGGGACAAGACGAUGGUGCUGAAGGACGGCCUGUUCAAGGAUCUGCAAAAGGACUGGCCGGGAUACACGUCGGGAGACCAGCAGCUGCUCAAACGAAUCCUCGUCAGGAGACUGUUCCAGCCUCAACAGAAUCUCCUCACCGUCCCCGAGACCCAGGUGAGCCCACUGCGGGACACGCCCAACUCAUCGCCGGCGCACCGUCCCAAAGCCGCCCCGACCGAAGAGUACACUGACCCCCUGGCCGGCAAGACGAGGAUAUCGCACUUAACCCGCAAAGCCGCAGUGGGCAACGACGGCCGUUCCGAGCGCUCGUUGGAUCCGCGCAGGCUUUCGGACUCCUUGUCAGCGGCCUGUGGACAGCAAGAAGCUCGUGUGAUUAGUGAGCCAACGUCUGACAUGGACAGAAAUGGUGUUAAAAGAAAGAAGAGCAAACACAGGGAGCAGAAGGAAGAGAAGAAGAGAGGCGGCAAAGAAAGGAAAACGGAUACCACUUCAGCCAAUGUGAACAAUCAUGUCGCAGUGGACCAUACGGGUAUUUCUUCCUAUAUUCCUGACUGGCUUUACCAAAUGUGCUGUCACAUAUGCAGGACGUACACGGAGAUCGAUAGCCCCACUCAACGCCAGUGCUACAAGGAGGAGUUCAACAAGGAAUACAGCGAGUACAGAGACCUGCACGCUCGCAUUGACGGCGUCACCCGCCAAUUCAUGGAGCUGGACACGCAGCUCAAGCGGCUCCACCACGACUCGCACAAAUACAAGACCAUUCACAAUCAGAUCGUCCAGGAUUAUCGCCAAAUAAAAAAGUCCAAUCCCAACUAUAGCCAGGACCGCGUUCGCUGCCAGUACCUCCACAACAAGUUGGCGCACAUCAAGAAGCUCAUAUCAAAGUUUGACCAGCAGCAACUGGAGCAGCUUUCCGCUCCCAACUGA